AUGGGUAGUGAUCCUAUUGCAGCUUCCAAGGGGAAGGAGAGCAAAUCCUUGACCAUUUGUAUAGAUAAUAUGAUAGUAGGAAUGCAGGUGUGCCGGAACCUCAUGGGGGAAAGUAAAAAGCAGACAAGGAUUGUAGGAGCUGGGCAACAAAUCCAAGCUCUUCUUGGACAGUUUAGUCAAGCAGAAGCCUUUGUUAACCUGGCUGGAGUGCAGCCAGGGAGUCUGGAUGGAGUUCUUUUGGAUGCUGGUUGCUCUUCGAUGCAACUUGAUACUCCAGAAAGAGGUUUUUCCCUAAGAAAAGAUGGUCCUUUGGACAUGAGAAUGGAUGGUGGCAGGUAUCCUGACAUGCCCACCGCUGCUGAUGUUGUGAAUGCUUUAGAUCAACAGGCACUUGCGUCCAUCCUGAGAACAUACGGGGAGGAGAGGCACGCCAAGAAAAUAGCUUCAGCAGUUGUUCAGGCACGCAGCAUCUACCCCAUCACCAGGACUCAGCAGCUUGCCAGCAUUGUUGCAGGUGCUUUCCCAGACGCAGCUUUGUAUGCUCGAAAAGACUUGCUUCACAGACCAACGCAUGUUGCUACCAAAACGUUCCAAGCCUUGCGCAUAUUUGUCAACAAUGAGCUGCACGAACUAUUUGCGGGGCUAAAGGCAGCCGAGAAGUUUCUAAAACCAGGGGGGCGACUUGUAGCAAUUUCUUUCCAUUCGUUAGAAGAUCGUAUCAUAAAGCGGUUUCUUCAUGGAAUAGAUAUGUCAGAAAAAUUCAAUCUCAGUGUCAGGCAGAAGAUCAGGCAAGUGGAGAAGAAUUCUUCAGAGAAUGAGGAGGAGGAUGAAUUGUCCAGUGGAACUUCUAACUCAAGAUGGACCUCAGUACAGAAGAAAGUGGUCACUCCCCAAGCUAAGGAUAUUAAAGAAAAUCCAAGAGGACGCUCAGCAAAGCUAAGAGCAGCUAUUAAGAUGUAAACAUUUUUUAAAGCAGCAAAUCUGUAGCAUUUUUAAAAAGUUAGCCACACAUUGUUCCUGCUUCACUAAUUAAAUCAGAAUGCCAAAGAAGGGAACAUCACAUGACUAAACAACCUUUUUUCUGCAUUGCUACAGAAAAAUAUCUUUCACAUAUACAGAUUAAAGGACAAGAAUUAUGUUAGUUUCUAUAUAACUCACCAUGAUAAUAUUCAUUAAUAUCUAAAAUACAGGUACAUAUAUUUUAAAUAUGCCUACUUUCCCCUGUAACAGCAAAUGCACAGCCAUGUGCUAUGUAGCUGUAUUCGUUUUUAUAUAUGUUUUUAUUGUAAAUUGCAUUUAUAAUCUAUGAGAAGGGGUUAAUAAACAAAUUGGGGUUAAUGAGUCGGCUCAGAUUCAGAGUGUUAAA